CUAUAGUUUUCAAAAGAAUAUGACCUAUAGUACGAGACAGUACAUAAUUUUAUUCUUGACCUGAUUAUAUAUCUCCAUAGUAAUAAAUUACUAACAGUCCUUCUAACUUUUCUUCUUCUAAUUUUUUCCCAAUUAAAAAAUCGGUUUAAAAAAACCGAAAGUUUAUGAGAUAUUUGUCUGUCAAUUAUCUCCAAUUAAAUGGUCAAGUAAAUUUCAUUGAACUCCGUUUGAUGGUUUUUUUUUGACACAAUGACUCAUCAUUUGUGAUUGUUUGCUAUCAUAUCUUGAAUGCAGUGAUUUUAACCUAAAAGACUAAAUUUUAUUUAGAUAGUGCCACUGUAUGAACUAAUUAAGUAAUUAGUUACAUUCUACGUAAAUAAGAUAAAUUGCUCAAAAGAAAAUAUUGUAGAAAUGAAACAAGCAACUCAACGACGGCAAAAAGAUCCAAAUCAUUCCAAUGGUAUUCAGCGGCCAACAAAAAAAAAUCAUCCUGCUUCAGAUUCGCGGGUGAAAGCUGCUGAAGUAAACCAUAACAAAAUAACAAUAGAUGCUGAUAGUUUAAAGCUAUGGCGUCAUCCUUUCACAACCAUGAGUUAUUUUUUACAAGAAGUAAUGCAUCUCUGUAUCAAUUUAGUCAAAGGAAUUCCUAAAUACAAAAAGACUGUAUGGAGUGUGUUAAUUUUAUUAGUAUUAUUUUUCACUCUCAGGUAUACUUCAGGUCGUCAUCAACAAGUAUUACAAGAUUGGGAAAACACUGUAUUAUGGUGGUUAUAUUGGGUUGGACUUGGUGUAUUAUCAAGUGUAGGAUUUGGAUCAGGUUUACAUACAUUCGUUCUUUACUUGGGUCCUCAUAUAGCUGCUGUAACAAUGGCUGCGUAUGAAUGUGGGGGAUUAAACUUCCCUGAGCCUCCAUAUCCUGAUUCAAUUAUAUGUCCUACGACUGUAGAUGAAGCAUGGACCGUAAACAUUUUUAACAUUAUGAGAAAAGUACGUGUAGAAGCAAUGUUGUGGGGUGCGGGUACCGCUCUUGGUGAAUUACCGCCAUAUUUCAUGGCUAGAGCGGCAAGAGACAGUCAACAAGUAGAUAAAGGUGCUGAUGAUGAUCAAGAAGAGCUCAAAGAUUUAGAAGCGCUUGAAGCACUUGAAAAUGGAGGAAAUGUUCCAAUAUCAAUGCGAUUGAAAUUAGCAAUGAAACAUUUUGUUCAAAAAACUGGAUUUUUCGGAAUUCUUAUUUGUGCUUCGAUACCAAAUCCGCUAUUUGAUUUCGCUGGCUUCAUGUGUGGAUAUUAUCGCAUUCCAUUCUGGACAUUUUUUGGAGCAACCCUUAUUGGUAAAGCGAUUAUUAAAAUGCACAUACAACAACUGGCAGUUAUUAUUGCUUUUAAUGAAACGUUAUUCGAGAAAGCCAUUAGCAUAUUGUCUGUUAUACCAUAUGUUGGCCAACGAUUUCAAGAACCAUUAAAACAGUAUCUCAUUGAACAAAAGAACAAGUUUCAUAACAGCACUAAUGUGGAUAGUACCACGACUAUUUCAUGGCUAUUUGACAAAUUUGUCAUUUUAAUGUGCCUCUUCUUUCUUACAACGAUAAUUCAUGCUUUGGCACGCAACCAUCAUCGUAAACGAAGUAAACCACGUGUUGAUUGAAAUAAUAGAAAAAUUUUUUUUGUGUCUUGUGUGUUAUUACGAAAAACCUAUAAGAUAGCACUUGGAGUAUUUACACAAAAUGUUUUUGUACAUUGGUUAUAUUAA